CCGCGCUCGAGCGCUCUGGGAAUCAAAGCUCUCGCAUCCUGCCGCAGUUCUCGAGAUAGAGAGGGCGCUGCAGCACAGGAGAUUCCUUGGCACGUUUCUGCAGCCCCUGGAAGUGGUCGGUGCAGCGCUGAUUACGGACAAGGCGAGGCAGAGAUCGGCUCACCUAUGGCGCAGCAGCCCGCGGCGCCGACGCUGAGUGCCACAGACAAGCCCCAGGAGGUGCGCAUCGACUUCGCCGUGCCGACCAACGGUGAAACGCACGCGGCCAUCCACCUGCACGAGGCUGGCGGCGCAACGCGCAUGUACGAUGCGGCGUCGAAGACAGUCCUCCCCGCCGGUGAAAAAGGACGGGCGGUCACUUUGAAAGAGCCGGAGGAAAGCGGGACGCCGGCGCGCAAGAGCCUCAUCGCCACGGGCCUGGGAGGUGGGACCUUCGAGGCGACGGUGGCCUUUCGCCGAGCCGACGAUUUCGACUGGGGCCCAACGUCGCCCCGCAGCGCGCCGCUCGUGCGCGCGGUGCCUGUGGCUUGUGGCGCGCCGCUGCUCGAGCCAGUCUCCAGCACAGAAAUGAGGGUCCAUUUUGCGGUUCCGCAGGGCUGCGCUUCUGGCGACGUUUGCUUUUACGAAGAUCGAGCGUCCGUGGGGCGACGUGUCGCUUGUGAUACGUGUACUCUGAUGAGAAAGGGUGACGUUACUGGAAAUACGUUCGCCAUGACGGGCGGCAAAACUAUUGUCGUCAAACGCCUGUCAAGUCAGAUAUCUUACACGGUGAAGGUAAAUGGGCACAAUGGCAUCGGCUGGGGUCCAUGGUCGCCACCGAGCAAGCCGAUGAAGCUCCGAGACUUCUUGCCGCCGGUGCCGUCUGCGCCGGUCGUGGACCAAAUCUCCUCUGACUCGGCGCGCGUGUUCUGCGCGGUGCUGCCAACCUGUACUCAUGCAACCGUCACUUUCGUAGCGGUGGACACUGGAAUUGAGCUGGCAGUCGACCACGGAAGCGGCAACAAACUCGUUCCUUUAGGAACUGCUGGUGCGACGGCGUCACCACGUGCUGCUUGCUAUAAAGGCUUCGUCGUGUCCGGCCUGUCGGCCGACACGGAGUACGCGGUGGCUUACAGUCAAUAUGGUGGCUUCGGCUGGUCUCCCUCCUACUCGCCACGCACCAAGAUCCGCACGCUCUCCUCCGACGUCAUUAUCACGGGCACGAAGACGCGGGAGGAGCGCGACGAGGAACUCAAGCGCCACGCCGUCGACGUCGACGCGGACGACGACGCGUCGCCCGAGAAGCCAGCCAAGCGCGGCAAGCUCGAGAAGAACUAGAUGUGUAUAAGUGAAC